ACGUGUUCGGUUCUUUGGCUGUAACUGUCUUUAUUGUCUUAAGAAAUAGAAGUUAAGUUUUUAUUUUAUGUUUUUUUUGUCUUAUUUAACAUAUUUAGCAUAUAUUUCGUACAAAUGGAAACCAACGAGAGCGAGCAAACCUGUUAGCUUAAAGCUAGGAACAGAGAAUAAACAGUAAUAGUCAUAAACCAUCUCUUUUUUUUUUUUUUUUUUUAAAUAAAAAUUAAUUAAAUGGCGUCAAACUCCCACGACGAACUUCAACUCAGCAAGAAACACGAGGAAAUUUUGGGGAAAAGAACUGUUUUACUGCAACAGAUGGAGAUUUGCUAUGAGCAGCAGAAAGCCAAGAAAAAUCAUCAAGCCGAUAUGUCUCAAGCUGCACGGGAAAGGAAUGCUGAAAUACUGAAGGAUAUCCAGAAAGUAGAAGAACGUCUUCGGACACGACCGCUUCUGCAUCCUGAUGUUCUCAACCUUCAGACUCGUUAUUGGGCCUCAGUGGAGCAGCAACUUCCAGAAUGGGAAAGCUACUUGUUAGGGAAGAGCCAAGCCCCCAUGAGCGUAGAAACGAUCUCACAGGGAAACCACGAACAGAGAUGUAGUAAUAACAACUCUUCACCUGUACGGAGUCAGGGCAGACCUCCUCGACCCAAACCCAGGUCUGCUGACUGAUGAAAAUUAGGAGAAGGUAUGGUUAAACCAAGGAUCCCCUUUAUCCAGUGUAUCUAAAUCUGUAAGCAAGGUUUUUAGGUUUUUUUUUUUAAGUGCUGUUUUUGAAAUAGGUCUUUUGUGAAAUUCAGGAUCUGCUCUUAAAUUUUGAGUUUUGCUCUACAACCACUCUUAUCACACUUAUCACACAAAGAGCUUUAAUCAUGUGCUCAACCUGUUCACUUGAGAUUUCAUCAUCACCUGACUCAGGCACAAAGUUCAGGCACAAAUCUGCCCUGGGUGCAGAAAGACAUUUCAGGUUACACACUGGGGAAUCUGACAAAACAAAACAUAUGGACUUUUUCUACCUCCAAAGUCGACAUGAUCAAAUGGCAAUCAAUUGUGGCUAUAAGGUGUGACAGGUGGCAUGUUGGUCUUAAAUCGGGCACUGUAAGAACCUUUCCACUAGGUGGCAGUACAGUCUAUUAGUAAUACAAAACACACAACACAUUUUUCAUAGAUGUAUACAUCACUUAGUGUACGCAUGUUUUCUGAAUCAAAAUCCCUAUACAAUAGUCAGCAGUUUAAAGUGUAAGAAAUUUGUGUGAUUAUCCGAUCAUGUACAUUAUGUUCUCUUAGGCUAAUAAAGGUAGAAAGAAUUUAGACUAGUAUACAAUUAGAGAUACAGUUUAAAGAACUUGUAAAAUAAACUUAUUUAUAUUAUUAUGGAAAUUAACACAAUUACCUAUUUUGAUCUGGUUAAUAUUUCAUAUAUCAUGUGUAAUAAUAAACAUGUAGGUGCUUGGGACUAGUGAUCAGAAGGUCACAAGUUCACACCCUACCAUCACCUGCUGUUGGGCCUUUGUGCAAAACCCUUAACCAUCAACUGCUCAGAAAAAUAUAAGUUCCUCUGGAUAAGAUCGUCUGCCAAAUGUCGAAAUGUAAUGCAAAUUUAAACAAUUGCAGCUUCUUCAAGCAGAGUCUAGGGGCCCAAGCACCACAAGUGGUCUGUUUUUU